GUUGAGCAGUGUUGUAUUUUGUGCAGGAGAACGUGUGUUGAGCUAUUAAUUGUAAAAGAAGCGUACACGUUUGUCGGUGUAAUUUUAUCGUUAAUCUCGCACAUACAGAUUAUUAACAUGGUCGGGGUGAAAGUCAUAGCAAAUGAUUCAGAGUUCCAGCCUGAACUUACAGGCGCCGGUUCCAGACUGGUCGUAGUGAAGUUCACAAUGGCAGGGUGUCGACCAUGUGUCAGAAUAGCACCAGCUUUCAACAUGUUAAGCAACAAGUACCCUCAAGUCGUUUUUCUUGAAGUAGAUGUUCACGUUUGUCAGGCGUCAGCUGCUGCCAACAACAUCUCGGCAACGCCGACCUUUCUGUUUUUCCGGAACAAAGUGCGUGUCGAUCAGUAUCAGGGAGCUGAUGCUACAGGACUGGAGGAGAAGAUCAAACAGCAUAUUGAGAAUGACCCUGGCAGUAACGAGGACUCAGACAUUCCCAAGGGAUAUAUGGACCUCAUGCCAUUUGUGAACAAAGCAGGGUGUGAAUGCCUCAAUGAGAGCGAUGACCAUGGCUUUGAUAACUGCUUAAUGAAAGACUCCUCGUCUUACCUGGAAUCUGACUGUGAUGAGCAGCUCCUCAUUACAAUCGCCUUCAGUCAGCCAGUGAAGCUGUUCUCGAUGAAACUGCAGUCCUCUGAGUUUGCUCAGGCACCAAAAUGUGUGAAGAUCUUCAUCAACCUGCCUCGCUCCAUGGACUUUGACGAUGCUGAGAGAAGUGAAGCCACACAGACACUGGAGCUGGCUGAGGAAGACUACAAGGACGACGGCCUGAUCCCACUGCGAUACGUCAAGUUUCAGAAUGUCAACAGCGUCACUCUAUUUAUUAAGUCCAACCAAGGGGACGAAGAGACAACGAAAGUAAAUUAUCUGACUUUCAUCGGAACUCCUGUACAAGCAACAAACAUGAAUGACUUUAAACGGGUUGUGGGAAAGAAGGGAGAGAGUCACUGAGAAGACUAGAGAAGACUAGAGAUAAUGCUCUAAUCCCUUAAAGGACUUCCCUCUGCCCAAACUGCCGGGGUGGCUCCGGAGCAACACACACACACACGGUCACCCGCCCAGAGUGCAUCUUCUGGAACUGUCUCUCAAACUCCCCAUGGUUUAAAUCACUGCUAACGGCAAGGAGACUCUUUCAAAAACGUUUUUAUUUUGACCCCAAAAUAAAUCUGUAAAUAAAGAGAAUUGCUUU